UUUGGCCAUGGACUGCGGGACCGGGAGAAGGUCGGACAUUGGAGCCCCAGGUCGUUCUCCAUGCUGUGAGAUGAAGCCCACCAUGGCUCGACCCCCUCUAGGGUGGUGAUCCCGGCGUCAUGCUACGAGACCAAGGCCGGCCGGGGGGGGAUGGCCUCCAAGCUAGAGGAGUGGGCUACGUCACGAAGAGAGGAAGAAGAAGUCCGAAGCGGUCGUUCGCCGCAGUACUCCGUACCAAAGCCAUGGAUGCCAAGCCUGGGGCCAGGAAGACCAUGAUGCUUGAUGAAGAAGAAAAAAAAUCAGUAGCUUAUUUGUCGUCGAUGGAGACAGAACGGCAGAGUAGCAUGGCAUGACAGGUCCGAUCCAAUGGGCUGGGUUGGUCUACCCCGCAAACGCUCCGCAAGAAUCGGCCCUACCCUGGCACUUGGGGAGCAUUGUGGAGGGAUUUGGGGUU